UAUCGGUUUCUUCCCAGAAAGGAGCCCAACAGCUUGAAGAUCGUACUUGGUAUUUGUGCUCCUAAAAAGCGGUAAAACAGCUUUUACUUCUCGUUAGUACGACCUCGCUUACCACCCACAUUUUCCACCAGCCUUUUUGAAAAUUUCUAGAGCUUUGGAACUCUUGACCUGUUUUGACCUGACCGAAAUUGGCUAGCUCAGUUCUCGCUCACCUUGGAUCCGCCGAAUUCCUACCCUUGUUCAACUUGCGCCUUACAUGCUGCAAAUAUAUUCAGAACGAUAGAUUAUCACCCUGAAUAAUGAUCCCCGUACCUUUGUGUAAUCUUUUUGCUCUUUCCUGGAAAGCUUCGCAAGUGAUCGCCGUCGUUAUCCCUCGUCCACCGCCUUGUGCUCGCGCCACAUUUUUCUCGGAGACCCCCGCACGGCGGAGUGAGCAAAGUGAGUUUCUGUUCUUUUCUCUCAUGCCACCGUCCUCCUUUCUGCUCAUACCACUGUCAGCAUCAUCUUAUUUCACCAGAGAGCCUAAAUGCAACACUAGCAUGGUGACUGCGAAACGAUGAAUAUUGCUAGAAUACAGGCUCAUGAUGGUGGCUUACCGAAAUGACUG